GACACCGGGAGGGUGGGGGGGAGACGGUACCGGGGAGCACGGAGGAGGCUGAGCGGCAUACGAGAGGAGGAGCCGGUGAUGUGACUGAAUUGACUUCAGACACUUUGGACUUUCAUCAUGGAAGAGACGGAAGGCCAGGCGGUGCUGCUUACUUCCUCUAGCCCUGAAGAGGCUACUAAUAAAUCCAGCAUGGGCUCGGACAGUCCUCGGGAUACCAUGCAACUCAAGAAAGAGAUCUCACUACUCAACGGGGUCUGUCUUAUUGUGGGCAAUAUGAUUGGCUCAGGGAUUUUUGUGUCUCCUAAGGGAGUGCUCAUUUAUUCUGCCUCUUAUGGGUUAUCCUUGGUCCUCUGGACUGUUGGUGGUAUUUUCUCAGUGAUUGGAGCUCUGUGCUAUGCAGAACUUGGUACCACAAUUGUAAAGUCAGGAGCAAGCUAUGCAUAUAUCCUGGAGGCUUUUGGUGGAUUUGUGGCCUUCAUCAGACUGUGGACUUCUCUGCUCAUCAUAGAACCCACUAGCCAGGCAGUUAUUGCCAUCACUUUUGCCAACUACCUGGUACAGCCCGUCUUCCCUACCUGUGAACCUCCCUACGUGGCCUCCCGUCUCAUUGCUGCUGCUUGCGUAUGUCUCAUCACUUUUAUAAACUGCGCAUAUGUGAAAUGGGGGACACGGGUGCAAGAUCUCUUCACUUACGCCAAAGUCAUUGCGUUGAUUGCAAUCAUCAUAACGGGCAUUGUUAAAUUGUGCCAAGGCCGCACGGAGAACUUUGAGGAUUCUUUUGCCGGGUCAUCAUGGGACGCUGGCGACAUAUCUUUGGCUCUGUAUUCCGCCCUCUUCUCUUAUUCCGGCUGGGACACACUGAACUAUGUCACAGAGGAAAUUAAGAACCCAGAAAGGAACUUGCCGUUGUCCAUUGGUAUUUCGAUGCCCAUUGUUACCAUCAUUUAUAUUCUCACCAAUGUGGCUUAUUAUACAGUACUAGACUUCAAUGCAGUCGUUGCCAGCGAUGCAGUGGCCGUGACUUUUGCUGACCUUGUGUAUGGCAUAUUUAGCUGGACCAUCCCCUUGGCUGUGGCCCUUUCCUGCUUUGGUGGUCUGAACUCCUCCAUCCUCGCUGCCUCCAGGCUGUUCUUUGUUGGCGCGAGGGAAGGACACCUCCCUGAUAUGUUAUGUUUAAUACACCUACAGCGGUUCACCCCAGUGACGGCUCUGCUCUUCAAUUGUGCUGCUACCCUUGUAUACCUGUCUGUGAAAGAUGUCUUCCAGCUGAUAAAUUACUACAGCUUCAGUUACUGGUUUUUCGUUGGAUUGUCCAUUGCUGGACAAAUCUAUCUGCGCUGGAAGCGGCCCGACAUGCCGAGACCUAUUAAGCUUAGUCUCUUCUUUCCAAUCACAUUUUGCUUGUGUACAGUGUUCCUCAUCGCAGUCCCAUUGUACAGUGAUACAGUGAACUCGCUCAUUGGAAUAGGGAUUGCUCUUUCUGGUGUCCCUGUCUAUUUCAUGGGAGUUUAUCUUCCAGAGUCUAAAAGGCCACCGUUUGUUGGCAAAUUAUUUGCUUUCCUCACAAGAUGGACCCAGCUGAUUUUCAACUGCGUCUUGACAGAGAUGGACAUGGUAGAAGAGAAAAAGCCAAUCGUAAAAUCAAAGAAGCCAUUAUGAUUACAGACUUUGGCAACAUAAAAAAAGAACAAAAACAUUGUUAUAAAGAAAAGGCGAUUUCAUGUGACAAGCGUUUUUUGCUUUACUGAAGACGGUUUCUGUUGCGAAGAGACCCAGCUGCAGUGAAGAUGGACAAUAACAAAUCAUUGCUCAAACUACACCAUUCGUUCCAAAUCUUAAACGUUUUUAGUGUUCUACACUCCUUUUUAUUGUCAGUUUUAUGUGUAUUUUUUUUUAUUUUAUUUUUUAAUUGCCAAAAACCAUUUCCACAUCCACCAGCAACUACUCAUCAGGGAAACUACUCAACCUUCACAGCCUUCAAGUUUAGAAAAUAAUGAAUACCCAGAUGUCCAAUACCCAGAUGUGUUACGGGUGAGGAGAUGUGUGGACUGUGGUUGAGUUCUGUACAUGAAAAUUGCUGCUCUUCAUGUUAAACCCUUGUACUAUGAUAAAGGAACUAUCUAACAGUGUUGUA